AUGGAGGUGAUGCUUACAACAUGGUACAGAACUCACAACCUCAUCCUCAAUGUGGACAAGACAAAGGAGAUGGUGAUUGACUUCAGGAGGGCUGGCAAACACCAUCAUACAUCACUGCAAAUCAAUGGCACUGCUGUGGAGAGGGCCAGCAGUGUGAAGUUCCUGGGAGUUCACUUAGCUGACAACGUGACCUGGACUAGUAACACCACAGCAGCCAUCAAAAGAGCACAAAAGCAGCUCCACCCCCUCCAGAGACUCAGAAAAGCAGGUCUCCCCACUGUUCACCUCACCAUCUUCUACAGGGGCACCACUGAAAACACCUUAACAUACAGCUUCACUUCCUGGUUUGGGAGCUGCAUUCUUUUAACCUCAGCAAAAUUUUUCCCAUGUCUCUCAUUUAAGCAUUACAUUCUGGCUUUUGGUGGGAUCCUGGCUAUCCCUUUAAUCCUUGCCAAGCCGUUGUGCAUUAAGGACAACAAUGCAGCCAAGAGCCAGCUCAUCUCCACCAUCUUCUUUGUGUCAGGAAUUUGCACCAUGCUUCAGACCACCAUUGGGACCAGGCUGACAAUAUUGCAAGGAGGAAUGUUUACUUUUAUCACACCAAUGCUGGCUAUCCUGGCACUGCCCAAGUGGAAGUGCCCAAAGGGAAGCAUGACUCCAGACUUCAAUGCCACAGUAGCGGCUGUCUCCCACAUAGACCCUGAGGAAAUGUGGAAAAUACACAUACAAGAGAUCCAGGGAGCAAUCCUGGUGGCAUCGUUGCUUCAGGUCAUGCUUGGACUCUCGGGGCUGGUGGGGUUUGUGCUGAAGUUCAUCGGACCAUUGACUAUCAUUCCAACCAUCAAUCUGAUUGGGCUGUCACUCUUCAUCCAAGCUGGGAAGAAGUCUGGAGGACACUGGGGAAUUUCAGCUCUGACAGUGUUUCUUAUCCUUCUCUUCUCUCAGUAUCUCAGCAAGGUCAAGGUCCCUCUGGUUGCUUACAAGGACAAGAAGUGGAAAGUGUUUCAUUACCCUCUCUUUAGUCUGUUCUCGGCUUUGUUUGGAAUGACUGGAGCUUGGCUGGUGUGCUUUCUCCUGACGUACUUCGAUGUUCUGCCCACUUCGCCACAUGAGUACAGCUACCAGGCCUGGACAGACAUCAACCUGGACGCAGUUAGCAGUGCUGAAUGGUUCUUCAUGCCUUAUCCAGGGCAGUGGGGUCUCCCGACCGUGAGUGUCUCUUCCAUCCUGGGCAUGAUGGCAAGGGCAUUGGCAUCUACUAUGGAAUCUAUUGGGGAUUACUAUGCCUGUGCAUGCCUCUCUGGUGCCCCGACUCUGCCCACCCAUGCUUUUAACCAUGGUAUUGCAGUGGAGGGCCUGGGCUGCAUCCUGGCAGGACUGUGGGGUAGUGGAAACAGGACAACUUCAUACAGCCAAAACAUUGCUGCCUUGGGGAUCACUAGGGUUGGAAGCAGACUGGUCCUGCAGACAGCUGGCCUCCUCAUGGUCCUCCUGGAACUCUUUGGGAAGUUAAGCACUGUGUUCAUCACCAUCCUGGAGCUGGUGAUUGGAGGCAUGUUCCUGGUUAUGUUCGGGAUGGUGGCUGCUGUGGGAAUAUCAAACCUGCAGUAUGUGGACUUAAACUCCUCCAGGAAUCUGCUAAUCUGUGGUGUUUCUGUCUUCACUGGACUUGUGUUGCCAUCAUGGUUUCAUUCAAACCCAGACACCAUCAGCACAGGUAUAACAGAACUUGAUCAGCUCAUCACAGUGCUCUUCACCACCCCUAUGUUUAUAAGUGGCUUUUUGAGAUUCAUCUUGGAUAAUACUAUUCCAGGAACAGAUGAGGAACAAGGGAUGAAGCAUUGGAGGAAAACCAUUGAUGGCAGUGCUUCAACUACAAUUAGUACAUUAUGUUACGAUCUACCUCUCUGCAUGAACUCCCUUCAUAAGUUCUGGUUCCUCUAG